AUAGCCGGCGGCAGAGAGCGCCGCUCUGCUCCGUCUCCGCGAACUUCGCACUGCGCAGGCGUCGACGAUGGCAGAGGCUGCGACGCGAUGCUUUUGGUUGUUCGCCGCUGCUGCUGCCGCUGCCGUUGCCGCUGCCGCUGCCGCUGCCAGCGGCAUUUGGAUUUGGAUUUGGUUUUGGCCAAAAAAGCGAAUCAGUCUCAGUGCGCCGUUGUCGCUGCGUCAGCCCCCCACCAGCUCGCCAUCCGCCACUCGCCACGCCUCCCCCGCCCACCAUGGAGCAGCUGUGCUACCUGGCGCUGAGCGUCCUCCUGGCCAUCGUAGUGCUCUAUGGACUCCUGGAGCUGCACUACUUCCUGCGCAUGUGCCUCUGCGUGCUGCUUGCCCGCUUCGUGAAGCGACGGUGCCACAUCCUGGACGCCACCACGGUCAAUGGACUGUGCCUCAGUAACGAUGUGGACACUUUGUUGUAUCACAUGAACAAUGCCAGAUACUUCCGGGAGCUGGACUUUGCCCGGGUGGACUUUUACGAGCGGACGAGUCUCUACCGCACCAUAACGGGAAUGGGCGGUUCCGUGUUCCAGGGGGCGGCCACCAUACGCUACCGUCGCUUCAUCCGGCCGUUCCAUCGGUUCAACAUUGUUUCCCGGAUAAUAUAUUGGGAUGAUCAGUCGCUCUUCAUGGAGCAUCGUUUCGUGCGUCCUUCGGACAAGUUCGUCCACUGCAUCGCCAUCUGCCGGCAGCGGGUGAUCGACGUCUCCAUGGAGGCGGUAAUGGCGGAGCUCCUGCCCCGCACCUCCUCCAACGGCUUCCGGGCGACGGCUCGGGCCACGCCUCCGCACACACUAUCGCCUCCGGCCACGGGCGGGAUCAGCAAUCCGGCGAUGGACACUUCGCUGGCGGAGAACGGACAUGCAGCGACGCCGACAGCAACAGCAACAGCGACGGAAGCAGCAACGCCAGCAGCGACGGCAGCAGCGGCAGCGGCCGCCCACUGCGCCAAACUGAAGCCCUCGCUGCCCCCGGAACUGUCCAAGUGGAUCGAAUACAAUGACAUGUCCAGCAAGAAUCUACGCAGUGGCUGCUGACGGGCGCCGGAAACCGGAAGACGGGCCACCGGAAAUGGAGAUGCCAUUUUCAAAAAUAUCCCAUUUUUUGUUGUUUUUUUUUUAUAAAUAUACGUCUAUGUGUGUGUUAGUGUUACGUGCAUGUGUGUGAGUAUUGUGUGUGUGUGUGUGUUUGCGAGAGUAAUUUUUUAGAGUGUAAGCUAUAAGUGUCUGACGAAAGAAAAGAACAAAACUAGAAAAGAAACCCGCCCCAUUUGGCCUUAACUAUUUGUAUAAUUUCCCCAGAGAAUCUGUCACGCCCCCUAAGCUUCUCAAAAGCGAGAAAAAAAAACACAAACUCCCCCCUGGUAGUCCUCAGUGUAUAAGAAUCUGAUGUACAAUUGUUUAGAAAAUAGAUUAAAAAAAAUUUGCAAUGAUGGAAA